AAUAUAUGCGUUUUAAAACGUGGCUGUUCUAGAGCUUAAUUCAAAUUCCCGGCAACAGCCGCCUUUGGUAAUCUCUACGCUCAAGAAGACCGUGGACACGUAAACUAAGGGGUAAUGCUCAUUGGACGGCCUCACUCAGCAAAUUCCUCCGCCUUAAAAGAGAUAGUUCUCGAAACAUUUGUGCUUGCUAAAUUUACGAAAACGGUCACACUUCGAGUGCUUCUGUUACUUCUUCAUUGAGUGAUGCGGUCGGCUGCCAUGAUUGAUUUCAAGCGUCUAUGAGGAAGCUCUGCUGAGAGAAGAUUUUCCUACAAUGUGUGAAACAUAUUUCCUAUUCGGCUAUUUGAAAGGAAGCUGAUUAAAGUGGUUCAUUGUUAGUGCUGUUCGCAAUACACAAUAGCAAUGAAAUCCAAUCAGACGUGUAGUCCUAGAGGAGGUCCAGGAUUUUGAUCUAAAAGAAGUUCCAUCACAAGUGAAUCAGGAUGGUGGUGGAUCAAACUCCCCGCCAGCUGUUCCCCAAGAUGCAGCCAACUGGAAUGUCGCCCAAAGAGUUGUCAGAAAAUGACGACCUUGCGACAUCCCUUGUAUUGGAUCCGCAUCUGGGUUUUAUUACUCACAAAAUGAACAUCAGGUAUCGCCCACUGAAAGCUAACAAAGAUGAGUUGAAAGCAAUAGUUGAUGAAUUCAUUCGCACUCAAGAUUAUGAGCAGUCAUACCAUCGUCUUAUGUCUGGUGACUGGGUGCCUCGUUUGCCCCAUAUUAAAACGAAGCAGCAACAGCAGCGUCUGGAAGAGCAUAUCUACCGGUAUUUACGUGUGUUUGACAAAGAUUCUGGGUUUACAAUAGAACCUUGUUACCGGUACUCGUUGGAGGGCCAGAAAGGUGCAAAAAUUUGUGCCACAAGAAAAUGGAGUAAAAAUGAAAAAAUUCCAUGUUUGGUUGGCUGCAUAGCAGAGCUCUCUGAAAUUGAGGAAAAGCUAUUACUGCAUGCUGGCAAGAAUGACUUUUCAGUUAUGUUUAGUUGUCGCAAAAACUGUGCACAAUUAUGGUUGGGCCCAGCAGCAUACAUAAAUCAUGAUUGCAGACCAAAUUGCAAGUUCGUAGCUACGGGUCGUGACACUGCAUGUGUUAAGGUCUUGAGAGAUAUAGCUGUUGGUGAAGAAAUAACAUGUUUUUACGGAGAAGAUUUCUUUGGUGAUGGAAAUGGAUAUUGCGAGUGUGAAACCUGUGAAAGGCGGGGAACUGGUGCAUUUGCUAAAGACAAGUCAAAAAAUGAUGAACUAAAUUCUGGUUAUCGAUUACGGGAAACAGACAAUCGAUUAAACAGGACAAAGCAUCGUCAACAAAAGGCUCCGUCAUCAGGUGAACUAGAUGGCAAUGGGGAAAAAGCGAGUCAACCUGAAAAUGAAAACUCUAAGCCUGCUAAUAUUGUAGCACCUCUUAGUAUGAAAGAACUGAAGCAGAAGGGCUUGACAAAAUAUGAUGCCGAGCUGCUUAUUGCACAAGGCUGCAAGUUUUCAGAUAUCGAUGAAGCAGCAACUCCAGCUCCACCACAUACGCGGUUGAGUAGCAGUGGUGUUGGUUUGCGGUCUGGCAACAAUUUGGGGUCUAGUGCAGGGACUGGAGGUACUGGAAGUUCUUACUGGACGGCAGCAGCAGCCCUACAACACACUACUACUACAAAUCUUACAACUGCAACUACAACACCCCCACACCACACAGCCACCCCCAGCACCAUUACAGCCACCCCACCCCCACCCCACAACACCAUCACGCUCCACCAUUACCACCCACCACCACCCCCACCUGCCAAUAAACCACCACCACAGGAACUGUAUCAACUUCAACUGCAUCAACAACUUUAACUGCAACUGCAUUCACUACUACAACUACUUCAGCACCAAUAUCAGCAAUAGAUUCUGUCAGUGGAGCAGUUGGAAGUGCAGUGGGGACAGCUGGAGAUAGCAGAGAAUUAAUUGUUGAGCUAGCUGACCAGAGCAGCAGAGAAAGAGGGGCCAUGCGACAGUUACGGGCGAAUCGAGAAAUUAGGAGCAAUGUGAGGGCUAUACGUCGUCCAGCAUGCAAGAUGGAGGAGCCUCCAGAAUUAACUCCUUCAGUUCCUCUACCCCCUUGUGUUCCAGCACCAUCUCCCAAUGAUGAUAGUGAUGAUAACGUGGCCUUGUCAAGCCUAAUUGGGCGAGCUCCUGUGUUAGAAGCAGUGAUCAGUGACUCCAGCAGUGUAUCUGAGGAUGUUGUGAAUAGUGACAGUGAUGUAGUUAUAAGUAGGGAAAAUGAAACUAAUAAUGACUCUGCUGGCCGGAAAGAUCAUGUGCUUAAAGUGUGUUCAGAAAACAAUCGUAAUUGUGAUGUCAUCCCCACUAAACAGGGAAUUACAUUACGCAACCAUAAAAGACUGAAUGAAACAAGUGGAGAGAAAACUAAUGGUAUUCAUCAAAACCACCAUGUACAACAUGGCCAACUUCAAGAGUUAAAAGAUGAUGAAAUAUCACGUAGAUCUCAGGAGAAGGUAGAAGAAGCUCCUGUUCUCAGGAAUAAUGAAAUCACUGGUAAAGAAAAAGCUGUAAAAGAGAAUGAAGCUGUGUAUGUUCCUUCGGAGGUCUGUGAGAAACCGAAGCCUGAAAAGACUAUAGUAGAUAGAUCUCAACGCAAAAUUUCUUCUAGUAAUAAAUUGACAAAGAGCUGGGAUCAUCAUGUUCGUCGUGUUGCAACAAAUGCUCGAGCCCGUUCCAAUAUUGAUGGUUUAAUACAUUCUAGAAAAGUGUUCAAUAGUGAAGCUGAUGAACCACGUUUGUUACGUCGGGCAAGAGCAGUAACAGCAAGUGUGAAAGUGGCCAGAGUUGAUGAAAACCUACACAGUGCUCCCAAGGAGCCAAUUGUUGCUCCUCCGAAACCUAAUGGAGGAUGUGGGCGUGUGAAGUUAACCCUUCGUAUGAAGCGAAGCCCUCCUGCUGAUGACACAACUGAAUCGUCGGGUGGCAGUGAAGACAGCUUUGAACCGGAAUAUGAAGUUCUACGAGUGGAAGGUGUUGAAAAUACUGUGUUGGACAUAACACAUUCUCGUCGGAAGAAGAGACACAAAUCAAAAGAUCAUGAGCGAGAUAGAGAGCGUCGCCGGCGCAAGUUGCGAGCAUUAAUGGAAGGAAGCUACCCAGUGGCCGAUACACCACAUGACACAUCUACACCUCAUCGCCACAAUCACCACCAUCACCAUCAUCCUUCCCAUCAUCAUUCAUUUCACCAUCAUCCCCCUAUGAAACGAUUACGGCUUAUUCUUGGUAAUGAGACUCGUACCAUUGACAUACCCUCCACUGUCACUACACUGUCAGGCUCAAAGUCUGCAGCAGCAUGAGGUCUUAUGACCUAUUACAUUAGUUAUUUUACAUGUGGCACUUUGUGCAUCAUAAAUUAUUCAGGGAUUACAGAGGAAUCAGAAUUCUACUGUAGCAUUUAAGCUCUUUAAUGUAUAAUAUUUCUGUAAAUACGAAUGUACUCUAUACAAUUAGUUAUAUAUAAAUAUAAGAAUAGUAGAGGAAUUUAAUUUGUUUUGGCUCCACAAAUGGUUUCAAAGAAUAUUGAAAUUGUAGCACAGCUCUAUGGUUCUUGUCAGACAGGUAAAUGAGUGCAAAAAUGUGUAGAGAUAAGGUAUUUUCAAUGCUGGUUGAGAUUUUGUGUAUUUUGAGAAAAAUAUAACCUGUUCUUAGCGUGUGAGGUGAGUUGAAAAUACUAGAAUUUAGUGUUUGUCAAGCUUUUCUUCAUUUCAGCUUUUUGGAGUGGGAUUGCUGAUCGGGCUUAUCUGUAUUUCUAUAUAGAUAUUUGCCAAUAUCUUAGCAUGAAUGUGUUCCACUUGUGCAGAUUUUGUAAAUUUUGAAAACAUUGUAAUUCAGUUCAGUGAAUGUGAAUGUUGAAAGGUCAAAGUGAUGUUUGUGUACUAAUGAAAAUUAAUUUUUAUUUUCUCUUUUGUUAUUUAUUUAUUUUCUCAUAUAUUUUAUGAUUGUGUGAUCAGACCUUUUGCUCUGAUUGUGCAUCCAAUUGGUGUUCAAUUCAAAGCUUCCAAAGUGUAUAUAUUCUGGAAGAUAUAUACAAGUGAAACAAUUUAGAGGCAAACCGGUUUUAGAGAAGGGUGUUGGCCCAUAAGCAAUAUUUAUCAAGUACACCAAUUACAAUGUCAAAUGUGUACUAUAGUUGACUGGGUUUUCUUUAUUCUGGCUAGAUAAAUAUUCUAGUUUAUUAGUGAUGGUCUUAGUGAAGUUCUGACAAGGUGAAUGUGUAUGUUUGACUAAAAAUGAAUCCGGUUGGCUGAGGUCAGGCAUGUCAAUGAAAUAUUUUUCACUUGAGACAUAAUUGUUGAUCAGUUAACUUUUGUUAUAUUGAAUCACAGGAAUAUGAAUAUUUUAUUACAAACAAGAAAUUCAGAAUUAAAAACAUUUUAAGGGAUAUAAAGUGCCCUUAAAUCUUACAUAUGCCAUAUUUGCAUUCAUUAUGGUUAAUGGUAUAUUAUGUGAAAUGCAACACAUAUUUGCUCUCUGCUGUUGUACCUUCAUUUUUGUAGUUUUUGUACAUUAUACAUUUGUAAUAAAGUAUUCAUUUCCAGAAGAGUUGCAUAAUUUCUAAGAGGUAGUGUGUGAAAGUGAUAAGUUAUAGAAAGAGAACCAUCAUAAGUGCUUUUCUAUAUUCCAGAAACUUUGUAUUAAAUCUUCUACCUACAUUAUUUUCAUUCUUAGCCAACCUGAGAUAGUCUAAAGACUUUGUUCAGUCCUGAUUCCUCUGUUCCCUGUUGUAUUUUUUUUUUGGUCGUAGUGUUUCAUAAAUACGAUACAUAUUGCAGCAACAGAAGAAAGUUUUAAUUGUAUUGCAUUUACAUGGAUUGUCAAACAGCAUAAGAAGAAAGAAAUCGAAGAUAGAACUUAGUGGAAUUCAAAAAAGUAGGGCAUACGAACCAUGUUGCUGUUCGUUAAUAAACCUGUGGGUGGGUUUGGGGUUGGAUUUGUUAAAAUUUUUUUGAAUGAUUUUUAACGUAAUUUCCUUUUGGUGCCAGCGAGAUUUUUUUAUUUUUUGGUAUUUAUCAAGCAUUUUUACAAGUGCAUAUGGGCUACCAGCAAUUUUUAAUAUUUGAUAUUUAUUUCUUCUGUAAUCUUUCCUUUCAUCGAAUAGAUUUUUUAUUAUUUCCUCUGAUUAUUUCUUCUUGGUACUAAUUUCUCACUGGUGGCUUCAUUUGUUGUCUCUUUUUAAGCUGUUAUACUCAUUUUUAGAAGCUUUUAACAUGCUCAUUGUUUUCAUUUUCUUUUUCAACUUGUUUGUAUUUUGUCUGAGCUCCAUUUAGAGGCUGUGACUUUCAUCUCUGACUCAGGCGAUGGGGAGCAUUGGCUCCACAUAAAAAAAAAUAACUAGUUUCAUAUCAGCUCGUUUCACUGCCGUUAAAGACAAUGUCAUUAGCUGCAAUAUUUUCCUUCACUCAUGUUGGAUACAUAGUCUUUUUCUUCAUAUUUUGUUUUGUUUUUAAAAUAAAUAAUUGUUUUGUCAUAUAUGAAUUGUUUACCUGAAGUAUCCUUUUCUAUCCUGUUUAAAUUCCUAUCAAGACAAUUGAGUGCCGUGGAUUCCAAAAUUUGAAUGUACCAUGUUUGUAAUUGUUAGAAUCUUUUUAUCUGAUGCUGCAGUAUGCAGACAAGGAGUCUGAGUACAAGUAAUUUUUACAAUAAGUUGCUUGAACAUUAAUCAUCCUCAGGAUUACUCUGAAGACAGAGGAAACUUUACAUGAAUACCAGCUUAAAAGCAAUAAUUUUUUCUUUCCAAAUACCUGUGAAAUGGGAUGGGUGGGUUUGGUAUUACUGUUUUUUGACAGGAAAUACUUGUUAAUUUACUUUUAAAAUCCAAUUGAUACAAAUUGAGGCUGAGCCACAUAGUGGCACCAUACUUGUUAUGUUCCUCAGUAUUGAGGAAUUACGUUUGAUGUAUAUUCUUUUGUAUUAGUGUGUCUUGUUUCACUAUACAGGCACUCCUGGUUGUGCAAUGAAUUUGUAGAAAGUUUGAAAAAUGAUUUAAUAUUCCAGUAUCCCUUUUGUAGGAGACAGAAAGCAUGUGGCAUAAGUGUUCAAUAUAAUCUGAUUUGAAGAUUUGUGUGAAUGAAGAAAGGAGCACAAUUUCUGGUGGCAAGAUUCUCAUAAAUUCAGUGCUUGAACUAGUAUUUUGAAAAUUAUUUAAUCACAUUUAUAUUGUGUUGAUAGCACUUUCAUUUGGAUCUUAUUCAUUACACAAUCUUGCCAUUUGAUGAAGUAUGUUACGUACAAAAGCACAGGUGCAGUUCAUAAGGGAUUUUUUGUACUUGAUGGAAAAAAAUCAGAAACCAAGUGAGAUAAUUCAUAUCUGGGGUAAUGUAUACUAGCAUAUACUUUUAAACUGUCUUGUUACAUAGUGCAUAAGCCUUUGUAAAGCAUUGCAGUUUUCCUUUGGUGGUGCUAAGUAGUUCCACAGGGGACCUUGGUUGUGAUUUAUGAAUUUGCAUUCCAGUUGAACUUGUUAGGGGGCCUGUUUUCUUAUGUUCGAAGUGCACAUGAUUAAAAGGGUACAUAGACAUGAAGUGUUUAACAUUUCCAGUAAUGGAUUGUUGUAACAGGAGGUAAUUAGUACUGCUGCUAAUUGUGCUGUGAAUGAAAGUGCAGAAAUGGAAUUAAAAGAGGCUAGUAGUGACAUUGAGCUAGUUAAAAUGGGACUGUUUCUCUUGUUUCUGCAGUCUAUUAUUCCUUACUGGGAACAAUUUCUUCAAUUUUAGAUGUAACUAGUUUGAAUGAGAAGUGUGUACAUCAAUGCCUUGCAUAUCUCUCAUUUGAAGGUUACACAGCUUGCUUCACUUAUUUCUCCUGUCACUGACCUUUGCAAAUCUUUUGCUCAUGUAGUUUUAAGAAAUCACCGAUGCAUUUUUUUAAUUAAGCAUGUCUACAAAAAUUUUACUCCUGUGAUGGAAUGUAGAUUCUGAAUCCUGUGUAUUGCUUUCUUUGGAUCAUCUAUGCAACAAACUACCAUAGUUUCAUACAAUGACCACAAUGGUCCUGUUUUGAAUGCUGAGCAUUCUUAAGUUCUGUUUUCUGGCAGAAAAAGAAUACUUUCAUCGUGUUUUAGAGUUGUGAAACAGCCAAGCUAUCUGUCUCUUCUCAUAGUUUAGCAGGAGCUGGAUACUGGUGUAAAACUCCUGUGGAUGUUUUACAGAGAACUGUUGUGCCAGUAUGUAGUUCCGCUAACAGAAUGUUUUGUCUCCAUUUUCAUACUUUGCUUUUAAGAACAAUUCAUUACUAUCUGCAAUAUUAAUUAUUAAUAAAGCAUUAUGUUCUUCAUUUCUGUAGUCUAUAUCAUUAACUUAAUGUAGCCUUCUUCCUUAGUACUCUUGUUAAUAACUGUCUUUCCUGCCUGAUGAUGAGACAAUGUAUUGCGAUACAAAGUAGAUAAUUGUCAUAGACAAUUGCGUUGAGACAAGAAUUUCCCUUUGCAAGUAACAUAGGAAAACUUAAGGAGGGGGUAUGUUUCACUAAUUCAAAGUAAAAUGUAUUUCCACAAUGAAAAAUGUAGUUGAACAUUAACAAAAUAAUUUUAUGGACAUAAUAGUACAU